CUAUUGGUGAAACAAGAAAGCCGUUUUCCAUUACCAAAGGGCAAUACCUGACAAAACCCGUCUCGCGCCAUAUUGCAUGCUUGUGUUUGGUUUGCCAUUGUUGGCGCGUGGUCAAAUAUUAAAGAAACUUGUAAUUAGGGUGUAAAAAUGUCGGACAAUCAGGAACAGAAAGCUGAUACCGGUACGGGCGACGCAAAUUCUGAAUACAUCAAGCUCAAAGUCGUUGGCAAUGACAGCAAUGAAAUCCACUUCAGGGUAAAGAUGACGACUCAAAUGGGCAAACUCAAAAAAUCCUACAGCGACAGAGUGGGGGUGCCAAUGACUUCUCUCAGGUUCCUGUUCGAUGGAAAAAGGAUCAAUGACGAUGAAACACCAAAGCAGCUCGAGAUGGAGAAUGAUGAUGUGAUCGAGGUGUAUCAAGAGCAGACAGGCGGUUACGUUUAAAUAGCGCUACUCGAGAAGCAGAAGAAAAAAAAAGCAACAAAUACCACGCAAUUUCAUUAUUUCCCUUCAUUAUUUUCUUUUUCCCCUGUUGAGCGACAGUGAUUAAAUAUUUAGUUCAAUUGAAAUGGACAACAACGGACUAUCAAUUUCUGUUAAACAGCAGAAGUCACCGAAAGUGUAUUAAGUUUAUUAUCUAUUUAGCACUCAUUUCUUACAUUAAUAUUGUAUCUGAAUAUUCGUGUUUGGACAUGAAAAAUAAUACGAGAAACAUUUGACUAUAUGCAAUACUUGAACAUUCUUACAUUCCUAAUGUCGAGAGGAUGAUAAUGGGAUAAAUUUUGAUAGUCUGUCCAUUGAUGAUAAUUGCGUGCUGAAUUCAAUGUUUUAGCCUCUCGAUCAAAUGCGCUAUGAAUGAAUAUAAAGUAAUACAUUCACAUGAAAAACAUGAUUUCGAUAU